UCCACCGUCCCGCGAUAGGCUCCUCGCAGAAACGUUCGGUUUUUUUGCCCGCGAAUCGCAAAUACCCGACUAUACUAAUAUCAUAUUUAAUUCGCUCGCCCGGAUCCGAACAGUAUAUUAUAACGAAGACGACAACAGCGGACUCAGUGAGUAAACGUAAAUGGCAUAUUGCAUAAUAUAUUAAAAUGUACCGCACAUUAUUACUGUAUUAUUAUUAUCCGCUUACGUGUGUCCGCUUACGAGAUCCGUAAGGGAGUAAAUAGUGAUAUUCAAAAGACUCGACGAAAACCAAAAAACUAUUUAUCUCUAAAACUAUUUGAAUUUCCUAAAUACAGUUCUUUUAAAAUACGAUAUUUUUUUUUUGUCUGUGAACAACUUUUCUACCAGACAUCUUGCACCGAUUUUCAAGUGUAGCACUUUUUCUGAAAGCUAAUUUGAUUAGGUGAUUUUCCUGACAAACAGGAAAAGUCAGGAAAAAACGUAAGAAUAACGGGAUUUACGAAAUGUUUUAUUUUCAAAUCGUAAAUAUUACGGCCAUUAAAAACAUGUGUGACCAAACUCCGCUCAGAAUUAUUUUUCAAUUUUUCCUUUUUUUAAUUGAUAAUGAUUAAACAUUUCGUAAAGGUAUACACUAAAUUUCCCCUCUACCUUCACAACUUCUCACCUACAAUAGUGGCCCACCCAUCGUGCGAAGUAUGUCUGUUCGUUUUUUAAAAUUGCAUUAAAAAUGUCUCCGUGGUAAUAACUAAAGCGUUCCUCUAGACUUUGCAGACCUAAACUAAAGGAAACUGAUAAUUUUACCAUUAAUAAAAAUGGGCACACUUCGUCCCUUCACUUUUAACACUACCUACACAAUGUUUGAAUUCAUAUCAUAAUGUACCUAUAUAACGUAACAAUAAUAAUAAUAAUAUGAAUAUUUGAUGGCCACCAAGAAGACGACGCAUGAUGAUAAAAUAAAAUAAAAUAUUAUAAUAUGUUAUUUGGCGAGCCAGCGUGUAGCCAAGUUUAACCAAUUAAAUCGAUAAUAUCAUAUUUAAAAAAUAAUUUUUAUGAAUAUGUUUAAAAGUUAAAGAGAUAUUAUAAUUAUUAUAUUAUGGGGAUCAAUUUUAGGCGCCAAAUAACCAAAAUAUUUUAAAAGGUCUUUUGGAUAACACCAUGUAAUCAAUGUUGUGAAUACAUAGUAUUUACUUGAUAAGAACUUAAUUUGAGGAGCUUAACCCUCAGCCCUUCUCCCCUAUUUACACAUAUAGGGUCAAUACUUGUUUAACAAUAAUGAAAUUAAACCGGUGGCUCGUAUUUUAUAGGAAUAAAAUACAUAACAUAUGUUAUUUAUCCAUAAAACGUACUAAGUAGGCACAGGGUAUCGCAGAGUACACUUUGGUGGCCCUAUUACUUUCUAUGUCUUUGGCCUAUUUUUAUUUUAUGGUUUGCGCUGCACAUAUCUAUAGUACCUAUUAGGUUAGGUGGUGUGACAUAAUUUGCACCCGUGUAGAGUAGAGUCGGCAGUAUCACUGUUAUGAUUACUAAUUUUUAUUUUACCCGUAAAUUUUAUAAUUAUAUAAUUCGGUAAACCAUUUAGUUAUUAAUGUAGGUAUUCAUCUUCAUGAAUUAUUUUCCUGGACGAUAUCAAUUUUUAAUACAAAACAAUAAAUAGCGUAGGAUAGCAACAGAACGGGAAAAUGCAAUUUUAAAAUAUUAAUACCAUUGAUUUUAUAAUAAUCUAUCAUAAAUUCAAUAACCAUAAAUAGAUUAAAUCAUAUAUUAAUAGAAAACAAUUCUUAAGGUGGUGAUUCCACCCCACUAUACGUGGAAAACUCAUACUUGGAAUUAUUAUAUUUUGCAAAUAUAUUAAUAUGUGAUUAUUAAUCUGAAAUAUAUAUAUAUAUAUAUAUAUAUAUAUAUAUAUAUAUAUAUAAGGUAUAUCUUUAAAUUACCUAAAAUUAUUAAAAGUAAAAAAUUGAUUUGCUUAUUAUUGCUAGGCAAUAAUUUGUUUUAGAUAUAUAUUUUUAAUUUUCUACUUUAUUAUUAAGGCAAAUAAUAAAAUAUAAUAUGAUGAAAGAAAUACAUUUUCCGAUUAAAAUAAUGCGAAAAAUAAUUUUGUCAUAACCGUAUGUUAUUUUUGUUAGUAGUAACCUAAAAAUGUUAAUUUGACAAUUUAUAAAAAAAAAAUUGUUUACAAAUUACACCGUGACCUGGCUACAGAAAAUUUGACCCGCUUAAAAAUGUGAAAACCCUUAUUGAAACCUUAAUGGCACACCUGACUCAGAAGCCUUUACAUACAGUUUUGUGGUCACGGGCGCAUCUUAAAAACUAAAUUGAACCAACUAUUUGUUGAAUGCUACCAAUGUAACUAAUAAUUUUUUCCCCGUGGAUUUAAGAGACGUUCUUUGUUGCUUCAAUCCUCACGUAACUAUAUGUAAAUUAUGAUAGCAAUCAGUAUUCUGACUUCUUUGGAUGUAGAUUUAUUAUAAAAAGCCAAAAAAAGCCGAAAUUGAUACAACAGUGUCCCACCCAUCGUAAGAAGUAUGUUCGCCUUUUUAAUUAAAAGCCGUUGGUCGUUAAUACAUACAAAUAAAUAAAUAUAAAGCUUAUAAUAUUCCAUACGUAAAAUGUAUAGUAAUUUUAAUUGUACUCUGUACAUUAUGCAGUCAUCUGUCUAUAAAUAUUGUUUAACGCGUUAAGCAAAAUUAAGUUUAAAUGCCUAACCAUUCCACGAAUAAGUAUCCUGUUCAAAGGGUGCACAAUUAAAUACCUACCUAUUUAUUUUCCAUGUAAUGAAUAAAAUUACUUAGUCUGCAGAACAAAAGAAAAUAAUGUUCUAUAAUAUAUUGUUAUAUGAAUAAAUUUCGGGAACGGAACAUUCUUUUGACGAGCCGGACAUUAAGUUUGUAUUUUUGUAAAUUAUGCACUUGGUGCACUGGUGCAGAUUACAUAGCUACAAUUUACAUUGUUACUAUAGUUUAUUAGUUUAUAAUCCUUCAAAAAUAAAAAUUGUGACCCUCUCGAGUUACACAAAAUUGAUAAAUGAACUUGUAUUAAAAUACAUCAAAAUAUAAGUUUCUCAUGAAUAUAUUCAUACGAACGUGAACUACAACAGUGAAUAUUGAUUAAACUUAAUUUUAAAAAAUAAUGGUCAAUAAAAUAUUUACAUUUUUUUAGAUAUUACUUUUGCUAUUUGGAGUUUGUUUUUUUUAUCGUAUUUUAACUAAUUAAAUACAACGAACUUUUCUAUUAUAUUGAAUAAAUAAUUAUAUUGUUUCGGAGUUUUAUCCGAAAAUAACAUCAGAAUAUUUUUUUAUUUAUAAUUAAAUAUCAAAAUCUGUUGAGAUUGAUCAACUGAAGGGAGAAUAUUAUAAGGAACUAAUACACAGCAUACAGCAUUUUAUAUUAAUACACAACUAAAUCAAUAUUCAUUAUUCAAUAAUACCUACUCUUUGAUAUCCGAAAUAUAAGAAUCCGAACCCGGGGUUCCAACGUUCAACAAAUGAUUUUUGUAUAUUAUUUCAUCUCUUAAACUUAAAUAAUAUUAUAAUAUACUCGCAAAACAGUACAAUAACCAUAAAAUGAAAAAUCGAUUGUGAUUUAUUACUUAAAGAAAAAAUGCUAACUUGCUUUUAUGUAUACUUUUUAGGCGCUAUCGAAAACCGAACACGUUGAUGAUCAACAUCCAAUGUGGUCUAAUGAUGUAUCCUUAUGAACGAAGAUUACGUGCCACAACAUCUAAUUUCAGAUGCCACCUACCUAGGUGCUGCCACCGUACUGAGCAUUAUCGGGAUAGUCGGAUUUUUGUUCAAUGCUUGUGUCAUUUUCAUUAUGCUUAGGGAUCCGCAGGUAAAUCUAUAAUGACAAUAUUCAAUAUUCUGACAAUCGGCAUUGACUGUAUUAUAAUACAACAUCACAAUAAUCACAACUCAAGAGGUUCAAAUGAAUUACUUUUAUAUUUGGUAUUCACCCUAAAAUAGCCAUUUGAGCGCGGCACAGUACGAUUGAGCAUAUAGCUUUUUAGCAACACGAUUGAGCAUAGAAUAUUUUAUGUGACAUUUCCACAUUCAAGUUACCGACAUUUUCUAUUUUCACAUAUUAUUACACCAAUUGUUAAGAUACUAAACUUAAACGAGCCGCGAGACGAGCCCAACUUUAUCGACAAAUGUUAUAGAUAGCAAUUAAUAUUAGUUUUAUCCGUAAUAUGCUGACCGUUAUAGAAAGUUAUAGAAGAUAAUUCCAUAAAUAUUAUAAAAAUAAUAAAGUUUAUGUAGUGUUCGAUCACCCAAAGUCAUGUCACAUAUAGUGCGUUAAAACAAGUUUCAAUCCCUAUUUUAGAUUCAGAGAGGCGUGAGGAACGUAUUGGUUUUACUACAAUGAUGAUUAUUUUUUUUUUUUUUAUUCUGUGUUCAAAAAUUCUACCAGAAAUUUGGCUCCGAUUUUUAAGAGUACCACCUUUUCUAAAUAAAAAUCUGACUGGGGAGGUACUUUAAACACAUAAUUUUUCAAUUUUCCCUGGAGUUUUCUCAACAAAUGUGAAAAACAGAGAUAAAACAGGAAAAUGUACGAAAUGUAGGUAUUAGUUGCGAAAUAUUCCGGCCUUUUUUUUCGUGUGAACAAAUUUUCUACAAGAAAUUUUUCUACGAUUUACAAUGAUAGCACUUUUUCUGAAAGGAAAUUUGACUGGAAAGGUACUUUAAGGAGGUCAUUUUUUGAUUUUCUCAGGAUUUUUAUGAACAAAUGGGGAAACCGGGAAAAACAUGGAAAAACCGAGAAAAACUUAGGAAAAACUGGAAAAUCGGUACAAUAUUAAACAAAUAUUAUUAAAGAAAAUAUACAAUGUCUAUAUUUAAAUAUAGUAAAUAAAUAUAUAAAUAAAAAAUGUACAUAUAAAAAUGAAAAAUAAAUAAAUUAAUAAAUACGUCGCCAGGAAUAGUGUGAUAAGUUAAAAUUUUCCGAAAAUAAUAAAAUAAAAAUUUAAUUCGAAAAUAAAUAAUGGUAGUUCUCAUCCCUGUGAGUAAUAUACAAAAAACAGAAUUUGAAUAUCUCUGAAGAUAUUCAAGAUAUUCGAAGAACAGCCUAUAUAUUUAUUUACGAAUAUUAACCAUUUUAAUAAUUUUGUUUCUACUUUAUUAUUUUAUCGCCUAUAUUGAAUUACUUUACCAUAAUAUAUCAUUAUGUAUUGUUGAAAAAUCAUCACUAUCAACUGAACUCCGUUCAGAAUUGUUUUUUCGUUUAUAAUGGUUUAUCGUUGCUUACGGAUAUCUAUUAAAUUCCCUUCUGUAUUCUUCCUACCCAACUUUCCACCUACAACAGUGGCUACACCCACGUGCGAAGUAUGGUCGUAUUUCAGUGGCCGAUUUACGAGAGGAGGGGGGGGUCAAAAGUGUCUGGGGGUCCAGACACCGAUGUAAUUUCAAUGAAAUAUCUUCCAAAAAAUGGACAUCUAUUAAUAGAGAUGCCUUUUAAAUACAUAUGAUUUUUCAAGACCUCUCCCGGAAAAAUGUUGAAUAUCUGCUACUGCUGUAUUUUUAUACAACUAAAAGGUGUGUAAAAACAAUGUCUGUGUUCGCAAGUUGGUUUUUUCCAGUAUUUAUAUUUUUCGAGGUAUAAUCAAUUUUUUAAUUGCAAUAUUUCACAUACUCAUUUCUAGCUUUAAAAUUAAAGUAACGAAAAAAAAACAACAUACGUUUGUAUGUUGUUUUUUUUUGAACAGAUAAUGUUUUUAUUUUAAUUUUGAUAACAGGAAAACUCACUCUUAUAUUAAAACUAAAAGCCCAAAUCGGUUCUGCUAAACAUUAAUUUGCUGUAUCGAUAUUAAUUAAUGCAUGUAUUAUGGGUGUCUGGGUGACGUUCUAUUAAAUCGAAACACGCUCAGAUGAUCAACUCAUGAUUAUUUUAUUCAUCCCCUCAAUAUCAUUUUUCGUGAUUGUACAUUUAUUUUUAGUUUGUCGAUACAUCGAUACCUGGGCAUUCGUAAAUAAUUCGCCCACGAACAUUUUAUAUCUCACGGUUAAUAAAAUUUUUCAAAUAGUAUAAAAUUUUAUCGUGCAUAUUAUCAAAAUAUAAUUAAUACACCAAUACAAAUUUAAAAAUUUAAAUUUUCCAGUUUAUCCAUAACAAAAACAAUAAUCAGUUUAAUUUAUUAAUAAUAUUAUUGUGUGCACCCAUAGUCAAGGAUAGAAUUAAAUUCUGGUAUAAUAAUUUAAUUAUGAAAAGCCCGCGGAAGUUGUACAACGUAAAAUUAGUAUACCUAUUAUGUAAUAGUGAUGAUGCAACGGAGUUUGAAAAGAUUUCAAUGUACUCGAACAAUUUAAUCGUUUUAAUUAAUAAUUCUACACAAUGAAGUUAAGCGUAAGAAAGAUGGUAUUUCAGAGCGGGCCGCGUCCCCAUAGAUUUCCAAUCGCAUUAUUUCAUUAAAAUUACACUCAAAUCCUGUUUAUAACGAAAUUUAUUUAAGGAUGCAGAAGACUGUUCUUAGUGAGCAACUGAAUGCUAGAUUAUAAUAUUAUUAUUGAUUUUUAAAGCUAUUGACAAACCAAUAGGCAUGUGUUAGAGCUCCCGAGCUAUUUCAAAUGAAAUUAAGAUUAUCUAACAGUUUACAAAGUUGCAUUCAAAAUCGUGUUUUUUGAUUGCGAUGAUUUAGCAUUGUUUUCACUAAGUAAACUAAACUGCAUUAACUUCCCAACUUCCCACCUACGACACACGAUAGUUUACACAUGAUGCAAACUAUAUAAUAUCCGGCUUUCUUUUUUUCGACAGUUAAAAUAAUUGUAUUUGAUGUUUGGCUUAGAAUACUUAAACAUUUAAUAACAGAUACAAUAAAAAUACAAAAAAUUGUUUAUUUUUAUUGUGAUUUGAUAAAUGACAUAUAUUUUUUCAGCUAUGGACUCCUCAAAACGUGAUUAUAUUCAAUUUAGCAUCAUCCGAUUUUGCGGUAUCUAUAUUGGGAAACCCAGUUACGUUAGCUGCGGCCAUCACCAAAGGCUGGAUAUUUGGCCACACCUUGUGUGUUGUAUAUGGAUUUUUUAUGGCACUAUUAGGUAAAAUUUAAUUGUUUUCUUAUUAUAUUGGUACAUUGCACACGGUACAAUCAUUUUAUGUUCCUAAGCACAUGUUUUAUAAAACGUACUUUCCUAUUACAAUAUGAUGUAAUGAAACGAUAAUUAUGUAGGAAUAGCGUCAAUAACGACUUUAACGGUGUUGGCGUACGAUAGAUAUUUAAUGAUACGCUAUCCGUUCAGUAGCAGCAGACUAACGAAGGGGACCGCGUUGUAUGCAGUUGCUGGAAUAUGGUUCUAUGCAUUCGUUGUAACAGGACCUCCAUUAUUAGGAUGGAACCGUUAUGUUAAUGAAUCGGCGAACAUCAGGUACAUCUAAAACUAAAUAUAGUAAAGAAAGGUAAGAUAAUGGGGACGGGUGCAACCACUGGUGUAGGUGGGAAGUUGAGAAGGUAGGAUAUAGAAGGGAAUUUAAUGGAUACCUGUAGGCAACGAUAUGCGAUUGCUAACGAAAAAACGAUUCUGAAAGGAGUUCAGUUGAUAGUAAUGCUUUGUCAACAAUACAUAAGCCAUUUUCUAGUAAAACAAUUAAAAAGGCUUUACAUAUUUAUUUUUUUUAAUAAAAUGUGUUUAAUGUUGUACCGAUUUUCCCAGUUUUCUUACGUUUCUUCCGGUUUUUAACAUUUGCCGAUCAAACUAUCGGGAAAAUCAAAAACGAUCUCUCAUAAGUACCUGAUGGUAGAUGUAUAUUUAUUAGUACUUACGGAAUACUUUAUAGUGUCUUUUAGUUUUAGACUCUUCUCGAAGUGAUUGAACUAGUUUUAGACUCUUCUCGAAGUGAUUGAACUAGUUUUAUUUUGAAACAUCGUUCGACUUGUUUUGUGCAACGACAUUCUAUAUUAAUAUAAUGGAAAUGUUGAAAUUAUAAUUUCGAACAUCUUUUCUUCGUGUGCAGUUGUAGAAUAUAAUAUGGAAUGUGCGUCAGGUUGUACAAUCGUUUGUUAAAUUUCUAGAAAAAAAUGAAUUUUAAAAAACGAAAUGUAAUACGAAUAACUCAAUUAGGUACCAAUAUAAACGUUUCUUAUAUCGCGGGCUCCUUAUGAAAAAAUAGUAUCUAAAGUUUUUGUAAUUUUUCAGAGCACCAUUUUUGGUGCAGUAUAUUUUAUCGAAACGGCACAUUUGACUUUCUCUCUUUCUAAGUAAUGGUACAGGUAUCGUGUUUAAUCAUAGAGCAAAGAUACAGAAUAAAAAAAAAACGGAUUUAAAACAUUUAAAAAAGUGAAUUUCAAGAAGACAAAAAUAGCCAUAAUAGGCAACACAUAUUUUUUAUCCGGAGCCCAUCAAAAAAAAUUUAGACGUUUGAACGGUUUUCUUUUUGUAAAAAAUGUUUUUUUCAUCAGGUAAAUAGUUUAUAAAAUUGUUGAUUCGAAAAAAACAAUGUUUACUUUCUAGUUGUUCAAUAGACUGGGAAAGCGGUGAACACAGCAACUAUGUUAUAUACAUAUUUGUUUUUGGACUAUUCAUACCAGUUACAGUAAUUAUCUACUCGUAUGUGAGCCUCGUCCUCACUGUGAGAAAGGUAAGUACCAAUUGUUACCAAAUUACCUAAGUUACCUAAAUUACUAUUAUUUAUUUGUAUUACAUUAUGCCAGUUUACACUGAUUUUUAGUGAUAUAUAAAUGUAUAUGAAUUUUAUUAGUAUACUUCAAAACAAUACUUAUACAGAUACCGAUAAUUGAUUUUGAAAUAAUUUAUAAAGUUAUUAUAAAAAUUGUAAUUUAAUCAAAUUUUAUAAUAACCUUCGAAGUGAUUUGCCGACCGCUUUAAAAAUGUUCAACUCGACUUUGCAUUUUUUUUCGUACGAACAUGAUAAAAUAUGCGCAAAAUUACUAAACUCGGAAACUUCUUAUUUUAUUGUAAUAUUCUUGCAUUACCCUCAAAAUUUGACCCUUUUCAAAAAUUAAAAUUAACUUUUGAAAUAAAUUUUUAAAACGAACGCUGGGAUAUUGAUAAAAUCUAUAGUAAAUACCGGACUCUUAUCAUUAUUAAAAAAUCUAUAAAUACAAUAAACAAUAUAUAAUUUUAAAAAAAAUAUUAUUUGGAUAUAGGUGUUAUAUUUUUUACCUAAUUAGUUUUUAUUAAAAAUUAAUGUAAAAUUCAUUUUUUUAUUUUUUAUUUUACAUAACUUAUAACUCUUCUUGCAAUUAAUUUUUGUGGUCAAAAAUCAUUUAUAUUGGUAAAACUCAUUGAAUGUCAGGGAUGUCCUAAAAUGUGAAUUUCAAAACAUUUAUUUAAUUACUUUUUUUUUCACAUAGUUAUAAGCCAUAAUACGGAGGUCAUAAUACGACCUCUCAAGACCAUCCUAUUUCACACACAAUCCUCAAUCCUUCUCUAUCCAUUGCUUUUUCUUUCUAAUUCGAAUACGAAUAUACCUAAAUUACGAUAUGUUUUGAACUAUAUCAUAACAUAUUUUGUCAUUAUUUAUAGAUAUUGAUAUUUUGUUUUCUACUAGUUAUACUAAAAACAUAUUUCAUUUGAAUAAUAAUUCCUUCGUGCGCAAUGUACGAGUAUAAGUAAUAAAUAUAGCGAAAUAUUUAUGAUUUCGUACCACAAGACAUAUACACAAUAUAAUAAGUAUGUAUAUUUUUUAUAUAUACCUAACAUAACCUAGUCAUUCGUGUCAAAUAAAAUCGGAAAAUUCAAACGGAAAACGAUAUUUUGACGUUCUGCUUGAAAUACUAUAAUAUUAUAAUAAAUAAAUAUAUAUAUUAUACCUAGUGAUUUUUUUUUUUUUAUCAUAAACCAGCGAUAUUUUCAGGAGAUUUUAAAUUAAUUUUGUUCUGUGUUUUUAAUCAUUAUGGCAUUUUUCAAGCUUUAUUUUAGCUACCAACUAAUCAUUUUAAAAUAGAUAAUAUGCAAUUGAUUCAGAACCCUUCCCUAUUCCUUCGGUCUAAACUUUAAACGGUAAAUCUGCAGAUAUUAGUAAUAUGCAUACCAAUCACAAAAGUCUAGAAAAAUUGUCUCUGUUCGAAACUGUGUUUAAAAAGAGAGGUUUCUGUUUGAAAAACAAAAGUAUAUACUUAUUUAAGGUAUAUGGAGUGGAAGUAAAAGUUAGAAAUGGUUUUAAAAUAUAACUUAAAAGACUCCACAAUGGUUAAAAUAAAAAAAAAAAAAAAAACAGGUAAACAAAUUCACUUAAAAUAAUACAAGAAAAUUGCUAGUUCAUGAUAAAAAAAAAAUUAUCAACUGUAUUUUAUAAAAUAUCACAAUGACGUCUUUUUAAAACAAAAAAAAAAAACCUAAAUUAACAAUAUCAUAAUAAUUGGCAUGUUUUUCGUUUGACAGAGAGCCGCCGAAAAAAUCAUAGGACAGGCGACCAAAGCGGAAUGCAGGGUAGCAAUUAUGGUAGCCAUGAUGAUAUUGGCGUUUUUAACCGCGUGGAUGCCGUACUCGGUGAUGGCACUUUUGAUAGCAUUUGGCGGAGUUCGGAUCAGUCCUGCGGUCAGCAUAAUACCGGCUCUGUGCGCUAAGUCCAGCAUAUGUUGGAAUCCAAUUAUCUAUAUAGGACUCAAUACGCAGGUAUACCGGUGUAUUUUUUUUUAAAUUUACGUUUCGAAUCUAUCAUCGUCGUAUAUAUUAAAUUAUUGAUUAUUACGUUUUUCAGUGGUCUACAAUGGUUGAUAUAUGGGGGUGGGGGAGUUCAGGGGUCCUCUGACCAGUGGCGGAUCCAGACGGUUAGCCUUGCAGGGAUCUAGCCCACCUCUCCAGACUAUAUACUAUACAAAAGUAUUUACUUCAAUUAUUUCAGUUGAUAGUGAUACUUUGUCAACAAUAUAUAUGUCAUAUUAUGAUAAAAUAAUUCAAUUUUUUACAUUUCAUACAUUUUCCCGUUUUUCCCUGUUUGUUGAAAAAAAUCCUGAGAAGAUCAAAAAUUGACCUUUCUAAAGUACCUCCUCAUUCCGAUUUUCUUUCGGAAAAGGUGCUACACUUAAAAAUCGGAGCAAGAUAUCUAAUAGGAAAAAUUUGCGCACAGAUAGAAAAAGAAAAAAAGCAUAUUUGCAAAAUCAUAAGCUACUUUGCUCCACUUAGAAUUUAAAAAGAAAAUGAAUAUCAUUGUAAAAUCAAUAUAUUCCCCGCUUCGCUCAGAAUCUAAAAUGUAAAGUUAAGUUCGAAUACCAGAUACCUAUACAUUCUACAAACUAUAUAGAUAACCUACCUAUCUAUAGAUACUGAUAUUAAACAGAUAAAAGACAAAGAAAAAAAUCGCCACUAUAUCUAUAUCAGUGUAAUACUAUAUCUAUGUAAUCUAUAUCAGAUAAUACUUAUAAUAAUAUAAAAGUUAGGUGAAUUUCAGGGAAAAUAAAUAGGUACCUAUCAAUUCCGUGUCUAUUUUGUAAGUACAUCGUAUAUGUAACCCUUUUUUCCUAGGCAUUAAGUACCUGUUUUGAAAGUUGAAUAAUUAUAAUUUAUAGGAUUGUACGAUUUGAAAAAUAUAUAUACAAUAAAUAAAUGUAGAUACCUACCUAGGCAUAUAGGUUUUUUUACAAUUCGUGAUGUUUUUAUAAUUUUUGAAACGAGUAUUGUUUUAUCUGUUCGCAGUUCCGCACAGCAUGGAAACGAUUUUUGAAUCUGCCGGGAAUGAUGUCCGAGGGUUCGAUGGACGGUGAAAUCACUACCGGCGUGUCCAAGCUGAUAGUUGGCCAAUCAGAGCUGGUGGUGCACUCCACGAACAGUGCUGUCGUAGAAGUCGACCCGCCUUCGGGUCUCAUGUGCUGUUUAGCUCAAGAUGAACACAGUCGGCCCGACAAUCCCGAAAAGUACGGUUGCACACUUGAAAUGACGUCCAACGAACAGGAAAAAUGGGCCGAAGCAGAAUUCGGCGAUGUUCUCCUAUGAGAAUAAUAAAUAUGUGCAUUAUCCAGUAUAUGGAAAUAACAAUAAUAGGUAUACCCAUGACAAAAUAUCCAACCUAAGUUUAUUUUUUUCCAUUGUGA